CUGGCGGGACGGUGCCGUGUCCGUUGGUGGCGCUGGGCGAGCGUGACACGACGGUGGUCCGCCGCGGGACCGGGACCGGGACCGCGCGGGAACGGCGGACGCCAGGUCAGGUCCGGCGAGAGCAGGAGCUGGGAUCCUCCGGCGCGCGGACGCGGCGGCGGUCUCCGAGGAAGGUGGGGGCCUUGCGCGCCGAGCAGCGCCAUGUGAGCGGGCGGACGGAGCUGGGGAGAGGCGCGCUCGUCCUGCGGGGGAUGCGAGCGCCCAGCGCGGGCUGCUGCAGCGAUGAGAGCCAUCCGACUGCUGGUGAUGGCGGCCGUCUCGGCACUGACGCGGGCGACGGCAGAGCAAGCCUGGAUUCGCCAUACCUUCGAGUCGCCGUUCUUUGAUACAACAACUCCCAGAAACGUGACGGCACUUCAGGGCAAGACGGCUCAUCUGCACUGCAAAGUGAAGCGGCUCAACAACAAAACAGUGUCGUGGAUCCGGAGCCGGGACCUACACAUCCUCACCACAGGCACCGACACCUACACCAACGACGCCCGCUUCCACGUGGCCCGCGACGCGGCGCGCAACGACUGGACGCUCAUGAUCAAGUUCGCACAAAAGGCCGACACGGGGCUGUACGAGUGUCAGAUCUCCACGCAGCCGCUCAUCUCGUACCCCGUGUACCUGAAGGUCGUGGUGCCUGAGGCCAGCAUACUGGGGCCUCCGGACAUGUUCGUCGACCACGGCAGUGUGCUGAACCUGACCUGCGUGGUCACCAACUCCCCACAGCCGCCAGAGUUCAUAUUCUGGUACCACGAGGAACAGGUGAUCAGGUACGACUCUGCCCGCGGCGGCAUCAGCGUGGUGACGGAGCAGGGCGAAGUGACCACGUCCCACCUGCUGGUGCGCCGGGCCGGGCCGGCCGACUCGGGCGUCUACACGUGCGAACCGUCCAACGCCCGGCCGGCCACCAGCCGCGUACACGUGCUCAAUGAGCAAGCCUGGAUUCGCCAUACCUUCGAGUCGCCGUUCUUUGAUACAACAACUCCCAGAAACGUGACGGCACUUCAGGGCAAGACGGCUCAUCUGCACUGCAAAGUGAAGCGGCUCAACAACAAAACAGUGUCGUGGAUCCGGAGCCGGGACCUACACAUCCUCACCACAGGCACCGACACCUACACCAACGACGCCCGCUUCCACGUGGCCCGCGACGCGGCGCGCAACGACUGGACGCUCAUGAUCAAGUUCGCACAAAAGGCCGACACGGGGCUGUACGAGUGUCAGAUCUCCACGCAGCCGCUCAUCUCGUACUCCGUGUACCUGAAGGUCGUGGUGCCUGAGGCCAGCAUACUGGGGCCUCCGGACAUGUUCGUCGACCACGGCAGUGUGCUGAACCUGACCUGCGUGGUCACCAACUCCCCACAGCCGCCAGAGUUCAUAUUCUGGUACCACGAGGAACAGGUGAUCAGGUACGACUCUGCCCGCGGCGGCAUCAGCGUGGUGACGGAGCAGGGCGAAGUGACCACGUCCCACCUGCUGGUGCGCCGGGCCGGGCCGGCCGACUCGGGCGUCUACACGUGCGAACCGUCCAACGCCCGGCCGGCCACCAGCCGCGUACACGUGCUCAAUGGCGAGAAGCCAGCCGCCAUGCACACGUCCCGGGCCGGCGGCGGGCUGGCCGCGCGGGCCGCCGUCACCUGGGCAUUGGCGGCGGUGGUGACGCUGCGACAGCUCAGCACGUGAGGCCCUCACCCCGCCCGGCAGCCGGCCGGACCGCCGCCCGUCCGACGGAGGCCCCGCGCUCCGCCCCGGCCAGCGGCGGCCCGACGCGGCGGCGGGGGACGGCCAGGCGGCGCCGGCGGCCCAGUUUGACGGCGCGACAGGUGUCGUAGCGUCGCCGAAGCCAACAGCGGCGGCCGGCUGGUGUCGCGCGAUGACGCGGCGGUGCGGCCGGUGACUUCUGGACCGCAGGGGCUCCCCGGCUGGCGCCUGGCAGCGCGUGGCUGCACUCUCGCCGGUUGCUUGUGCUGCUGCAGCGCGCCGCGCGCGACCGGCACGUGUCGUGAUUGACGGCCCGGGGUGCCGGCGCCGGACGCGGCGGCGUGUCGGCGAGCUCGGACGCGGCGGCCGGACGCUGAGGACCGCCACAGGGGGAGACAUGAGCUGCGUUUCUGUGUCGUGCAAAUGCGGAAUGCGGAUGAGCGCCGGGGAGCUCGCGCGGCCGCUGCCGGGCCACACCGACGGACGGCGAAUGUGGACUGGGCGUCGUGCCUGGGGCAGCCGAACGAGCUGGGCGUCCAGCCUACGGAAAACAUUUCACAUGUUGGCUUCCGACACUAAUUGCGAGCCGUCAUUAAUUAUGACGUCAGCAUGCAGACGUCUUAAGAGAGCAAUGUAUACACACACAUACACACACACAUUAUAUAUAUAUAUAUAUAUAUAUAUAUAUAUAUAUAUAUAUAUAUAUAUAUAUAUAUACACGUGUGUGUUGAGUAAUAUGAGUCUGUGACAGGCAUGUUUGCAGAUGAAAACUGCGUUGUGUGUCGCACACCUUUAGAUGUCCAAUGAAGCACGCUUCUGUUAUCAUUUCUUGUGAGCGCACAUCAAUGUUUGUCUGGUGGCUGCUUGCGACCAAAACUGGAUCAUUGCAGUCUGCUAAGAUAGUGGUAUGAAGGGAUAUUGAAAUGUAAUCUUGACCUUGUAUGUACAAUACAAUUUGUCCAUGACCAGCUAUAUAGUUCAUGUUCUGAGCCACACUGAUCAAGCCCCUUGUUUUUUCAGUACGCGCCCUAAUGAAUAUGUCACCAUGCCAGUAUUGAAAGCCGUUCAUACCUCUCCGAGCGUACUUGCAUACAUCCCCAUACCUUGCUCUGCAACAGUCAGCUGUUGUAGAGCCCCAUUUAAGUCACGUCAUGCUGACUGGUGUGAGAGCGCCAUCACAAAUUUGAUUGUCAUGUGAACUGACUGCAGAACUGAAUGAGAGUAGUCGAACCAGAACCCAAAAGUAUGUUAGAGGGCUAUGCUAAGUCCAAGUUUUUAGAGAAGGUUUCUAAAGCGUGACCUGCCUUGUUUUGCAUCGCCGCAA